GAAGGGCAGCGACGUCGAAAGCGGCGAUCGAUCGCCGAACGCCAGGGCUACCGUGCCGCAAGAUCCCACCUGGGGUAAAAGCGAAGAUGGCAAUCCCAACCUCUCCAUCAAUAUUGGCAUUGAGAAACGGAGCGGUCCAUUCGUUGUCUUCGUGCUCAUACUGGGCAUGGUCCUCCAGCUCGGUCUUAUCGCCAUGGCUCCUCUGCUGUCCUGAGUGGGCCAUUGGUCUAAGGAUGGGCAUGAGGAGGGGGAGCCGGGAAUCGAGCAAGCAUACUUCGACAACAAUUCCCCCGUGCUAUACAUGAUUGGGACUGUUAUCAUGACCGCUGGUAUGUUUGGGCGUGCUUAUCUCGUCGGGCAGAUUACCCAGGAAAAGAGGUGGAAGAGGCGAGGGAGGGAUCCGACAAACUCGGCCGGCCCGGCACGCACUAGGCUGUACUGGGUGCAACCUGGCGACCAAGUGAUCGGGGAUCAAACAUUCGGUGCCUACGCCUACAGCGAGGAUCCAAGGCAGCCAUUGCCCGAGUAUGUCAUAUCCACAAAGAAGGAAGAAGGAAAGACCCUGCUUCGAUACAGAUUCUUGACUUGGAUUGCCGUCAUAGCUACACUAGGUGGGUAUAUACUCCAGUUUGUAGGUAUCCGUGGCAUGACUGCUUGGGUCUCCAUUGCCCAGCUUGGAGCCACCGUGAUAAUGAGUGUGUUCCGCGCUAUGAUGAGGACACAACGAUUGGCGAACAACGGCAAUAGAGUCCAGGAUAUAUCUGGAGCGAUUGCGGGACACGAGUUAGACUGGCUUGCCUUCGAGAUAUGGAAAGACAUGGAGGCAGAACAACAUCGCCAUCAGCAGGGGGGUGGCCGUGAAGAAAGACGGGACAGCACCGCGCGGGAAGACGGGAAGACGGUCGGCGUGUCUUGGGUUUUCACCGGUCGGCCCUGCUCGGAUGGGAAGAUGGCACCCACCGAGCUGAACCACGCCGAGGACAUCCUUCGAAUACGUGCCCGUCUAGCCUACCUCUCAGGACACAACUCGGCUUUUCAAUCUGAAAAAGAGAAGCCCAGGCGCCAACAAUGGGACAACAAAUACGUCCCUGCCCGAGAUCGUGCCGUGAAGAUGGCCAAGGCGCUUGGACAAAUUGCAGACCGCAUCAUCGAUAAGAACCACCCAAGGGAGAAAGAAAUCCAUCUUCACUUUCAAGUUCAGUUCUGGCGCUCAGCUGGUGGCAUUAAGGUGGAAACAUAUCCUAUCACGAUUAUUCUGUACCCUCCUAAGCCGACAGCUGGACGACGUGGUUGGUCUCUGGAUUCGCAGCAGCUCGAAGCUAUUCUUGGUCUCUAUUCUUGGUCGCUCUAUCGAUACCGUGAGGUUAACGAAACUCCUCGAGGCUCUUGGUGGCUCGGUGCCGGUUCGAAACUCCUGCAUGGCAAGAGCGAGAUCGACUUAGCCGGGGACGUACAGAGAGCCCAGAUCCUGUCAUCAAUCACGCCAGUUGGAAUUGACGAUCAGUACCUGCUAGAUCUCUGGCUGGGCGACAAUACUCCUGACAUCAAAUCCUGUACAAUCAAAUGGGACCAGACCGAUCACCCAGACGCUACAACAAUCUGGACCAAGUCUCCCGUGAGGACGGAGAUACAGUUCCCCAACGGGCGGCCAGAGUUUGUCUUCACACCAGGGAAAUCCGAUUCGUCUGAUAACGGUCCGAAUAUAUCUUCUGACAAUCACCUCCGAUUCUUUGGCUGGAGUCAUGUUCAUCACGAGCCAGAUUUUCAGGCGGAAGAAAGAGAAGCCGACAUCUACUAUGUAGAGACCAACCGGUCUGUUCUAGACGACUGUGCUCAUGAUAUUUUCUCUGCGAUUCUCUCCGAGCUAAAACGACAACCGCCUUCUACCGUGAGGCUACUAGUACCUCAUGGAAACCGAGGUUUGGUGCCUAAGCCGUCAUCUCCUCCCACGGAUUGGCAAUCCGACCUUCUUUCCAGCCUGACCACGGCGUUGAAGGAUAACAAUAUGGGCUCUCAUCAAGACGCGCUUCUCGGAAUCCUGCCCGCACUCUGCACGGUUUUGGCAAAACCGGUUCGACAAUCAUGCAUCAUGAUGUUCAUGGCAAUCAGAUACGUCACAGAAUAUCGAAAGAGGGGCCAAUGGCGGAGGUCUUGGAGGAUCCUUCGGACUGUGUACAUGACAGGGGACUUCUGGAAUCAUUACAUGAUAUCGGAAGUCGAUGUUUACCUACGAAACGCAACGAUAACCUCGCUUUGCGAACUCUUUUGCUCUUCUCUUCAAUAUGGCCAGGAAGAAUGCCGCCGAGCGUUAUUUGGCUUUGAGGGCAUGAAAUGGCUUCAGGAGGUGUGCCAAACAUGGUGGGCGGACGAGAACCGUGCGACAAGAAACCGGAAGGUUUUGGACCUUUCGAAACAGCAGAAUUCACUAACAGUGUAUUGUUAUAGCCUCAUUGCCCGUCAUAUCAUGACCAUCCGAGUCUCUUCUCGACCAGGUGAGAAGGGUCACAGAAUGCUUCCACCAUGGCAAGGAUAUAUGCCGUGGAGAUUCAUGGAGAAUCCUCGAGAUAUGAAUCCUCGAUUUCUGAAUUUCUUCUAAGGGUGCUUUGGACACUCUAUGCUACCUCCCAGAUACACUGGCAAAAAAGUACGGUUUGCUCGGCCUUCCUACGGAGGAACAUAGCCUAUGUCUAUUUCAAUUCUCUGGGUCGAACUUGAAGACUCGGUUAAACAAAUAUUGGCGCCAGCAGCUGCAGCAAACUGGCAUGAGAUCGUCGAGGCUCUGCUGGAGUUGGGCGUCCCCGCAUCUUACAGAGAGACAGAAGAGUCGCCGUAUGCGUUCGACGAGUGCGUACGAUGCAACAGCGCCGAUGCAGCCAGAGUUUUGAUCGAAACGGGGGAGUUUGAG